AUGCGCAUCCCUGACGAAGAAGACACGCGAAACAUGUACAGAGCAGCUAUACGUGGUGGGAUAGUUGGAGGAACAAAAAUGGCUAUAUUCGCUGGGUUUUGUUCGGGACUGGCACAGUGGCUCUCACCUGCUUAUCGCAGAUUAACCCUGCCAAUAAAGACAUCUUUUGUCGUUGCUGCGGUAACAGCAGCAACGGUGAUUACGGCAGAAAGACGAAUGCUUGAAUAUGAACAUCAGAAGCACUUUAAUGAAACAGAAAUUGCUAAGAAACAACGAAGAGACAUAUUUAGAAGGCCAUAA